CAAGCAGCUGGCAGUUCAGUUGUGUUUUGCUUUUGACAUCGACAUGACGCCGAUUUACUUGAUGCUAUUAUGUUCGUUCAUUGGAGCAACAUGGGCAUUUGGCGAUGAGGCCAUCUUCGAGGAUGAGGACAUUUAUAAUCAGGCAUUGCCGCCUGUGCCGCACACAGGCAUCACUGUGCCUGGCACAAAGUGGUGUGGCCCAGGAAAUACUGCAGCCAACUACGAGGACCUGGGACGUGAGGAGGAAACUGAUAGAUGUUGUCGUGCCCACGACCAUUGCGAGGAGAUAAUGGAGUCACAUGGCUCGCUGCAUGGACUGCCCAACAACACGGAUUGGUUUCCCAUUCUCAAGUGCAACUGCGAGCAGCAGUUUAUCAAUUGCCUGCAGGCUGUUAACACCAUGACUUCCAAUACUUUGGGUCGCAUCUACUAUGGAACGCGCAGCAAAUGCUUUGCUCUGGGCUUCCCCACCACCGGAUGCAAGCAGUACCAGGAGGGAACUUUCCGUAAGCGCUGUGUUCGUUACACUGUCAACAAGCAGGCGGCCAAAUUGUGGCAGUUAUAUGAUAUGCCAUUUUACACAAAUGCUGCGACACUAUUAAACAAAUCCUGACACGGGGAAUUGUAAUCACUAUAAUAGAGUAUAUACUUCGGAGUUUAUAAAUUUGAUUAAUUCAUAGAAUAUUUAAUGGAAGUGAAGUUCUAAAAUAUAUCCGGAAACCUUGAACCAUGAAUGUGCUACUUCAGCGAAUUAGAUUGCAUAUUUCUUAAUUAAUUUACAAUUCUCUGUAUGAAAUAUUUAUGUGUAAUAUUUUUUAGAAAUACCCACAUAAUGUUGUAAAGAAGUUUUGUUUCAUAAGUUUAGAACGACCUUCAGCUGUGGAUGUGAAUAAGGUACAUAUAAUGUACUUACUGUUGCGGUUAUUUGUGAUUUUGCGGUUACUUUUGAAAAUAUAAAUCAACAAGGAAUAAUAAA